AGCAACUAUUUGGGCAGUCAUGAUUCAAAAAUUUGAAGAAUAUUAAACAAAACACAUCAUUCUAUAUUUACAUCUGAUUUACUUUAAAGUUUUGACCAAAAAUUGAAAUGGUUUUUGGAAUAAUAAAAGGCCUUUGAAGUACCUAUUCCCAGUCCUCUCUCGGUAACUUUUCCCAAGUAUCAUUGCGGGCUUAGAACCACACUUUGUGCCGCCAAAAAAGCUGUACAUAACUUUUUGCCGGGGAAUUCGGUUUAUACAAAGAAAACCUUCUCAUAUCUUACUCGAAAAUCAUGCCUACAGACGACAAUACUUCAACAAGUACUGGAAGUCCAGCAGAGGCGCCAGAGGAAGAUAAUGAUGAAGACUAUGGACAUAAAGCAAGUUCAUCUAAAAAGGCCAAGCCAGUUCCUGUAUCACAAGAAUACCAAGAAAAAAUUGAAAAGGAUAGGACAACAAGGUUUAACUAUUUGCUGAAGCAAACUGAGAUUUUUGCUCACUUUAUGGACACCACAUCUGGACGUAAACAACCAACAAGCCCUCUGAAGAUGAAAACACCACAGUUUCCCUCAAGAACCAGAAAGCUGUCAGACUGUGGAGAUCAUCGACAUAGAAGAACUGAAGAGGAAGAAGAUGCAGAACUUAUCAGUCAAAACAAAACUUCUCAGACAUCUGUUCUUUACUUUGAAAAGUCACCACACUACAUCAAGAAUGGAGAAAUGCGAGAUUACCAGGUCAGAGGUCUUAACUGGCUGAUUUCUCUGUAUGAGAAUGGAAUCAAUGGGAUUCUUGCAGAUGAAAUGGGUCUGGGUAAAACUCUACAGACUAUAUCAUUGCUGGGUUACAUGAAACACUUCAGGAAUGUCCCUGGACCUCAUGUGGUUAUUGUACCUAAGUCCACCCUGGCUAACUGGAUGGCAGAAUUUGAGAGAUGGUGUCCAACUAUAAGGGCUGUCUGUCUUAUAGGCACACAAGAACAAAGGACGGCAUUCAUUCGGGAUACAUUUCUCCCUGGUGAAUGGGACAUUUGUGUCACAUCCUAUGAGAUGGUCAUAAGAGAAAAAGCUGUUUUCAAGAAGUUUGCUUGGCGAUACAUGAUAAUUGAUGAAGCUCACAGGAUCAAAAAUGAGAAAUCCAAGUUAUCUGAAAUAGUGAGGGAGUUACGAUCAGCCAACCGUCUUCUGCUAACAGGAACGCCUUUACAAAACAACCUCCAUGAACUUUGGGCUUUGCUGAACUUUUUACUUCCUGAUGUUUUCACCUCUUCAGAGGAUUUUGAUGCCUGGUUUAAUACCAACAGCAUUGAAGAGAAACAGCUUGUUGAACGUCUGCAUUCUGUACUGAGACCAUUUCUUCUGCGUCGUCUUAAAUCUGAUGUAGAGAAAAGGUUGCUGCCUAAGAAAGAAAUCAAGGUUUAUGUUGGCUUGACAAAAAUGCAAAGAAAAUGGUAUACCAAGAUCCUUAUGAAAGACAUUGAUGUCGUUAAUGGAGCUGGCAAGACAGACAAGAUGAGACUUCUGAACAUUCUUAUGCAACUUAGAAAAUGUUGCAAUCAUCCGUACUUGUUUGAUGGUGCAGAACCAGGUCCUCCAUACACUACAGAUAUGCAUUUGGUGGAAAAUAGUGGUAAACUAAGACUCCUAGACAAGUUACUACCACGAUUGCAGCAAGAAGGCUCUCGUGUGCUGAUCUUUUCACAAAUGACAAGGGUAUUGGACAUUCUGGAGGAUUACUGUCUAUGGAAACAGUAUGAGUAUUGCCGUUUAGAUGGACAGACCCCUCAUGAAGAAAGACAAUCGUACAUCAAUUCCUACAACAUGCCUAACAGUUCAAAGUUCAUUUUCAUGUUGAGCACAAGGGCUGGUGGUCUUGGUAUCAACCUGGCAACAGCUGAUAUUGUCAUUCUGUAUGACAGUGACUGGAAUCCACAGGUUGACUUGCAGGCCAUGGAUCGUGCGCACAGAAUUGGUCAAAAGAAACAAGUAAAAGUAUUCAGGUUCAUAAGUGAAAAUACUGUGGAGGAAAGAAUCAUAGAACGAGCUGAGAUGAAGCUAAGGUUAGAUGCUGUGGUUAUCCAACAAGGUCGUCUGGUCGAUCCUAACCUCAAGGUUAGCAAGGAGGAGAUGUUAAGCAUGAUCAGACAUGGUGCAGAAGCUGUGUUUGCCUCUAAAGAUGAUGACAUUACUGAUGAAGAUGUUGAUACUAUCCUGCAAAAAGCAGAGAAGAAGACUGCUGAAAUGGAAGAAAAAAUGAAGAAGUUUGGUGAAGGAUCUCUUAGAAAACUAGCAAUGGAUGCACCUGUUGAGAGUAUUUUCCAUUUUGAAGGUGAAGACUACAAAGAAAAACAGAAGUCAGGUGGAUCUCUUCCUCGCUGGAUUGAGCCUCCUAAGCGAGAGCGCAAGGCCAAUUACGCAGUAGAUGCAUACUUCAGAGAAGCAUUGAGAGUCAGCGAGCCCAAAGCACCAAAGGCUCCAAGACCACCCAAACAACCAAAUGUACAAGACUAUCAGUUCUUUCCACCAAGGCUCUUUGAACUUUUGGACAAAGAAAUCUAUGCCUUCAGAAAGAGCAUUGGAUACAAGAUGCCUCUGGACUAUGAUGAUCCUAAUGCAGAAGAGAACCGUAAGCAGGAACAACAACUUAUUGAUGAUGCUGAGCCUCUGACAGAAGAAGAAGUUGAAGAAAAAGAACAGUUGCUGCAAGAAGGAUUCACCAACUGGUCAAAGAGAGAGUUUAAUCAGUUUAUCAAGGCUAUUGAAAAGUAUGGUCGUGAUGAUAUGGAAAGUGUUAGUCAAGAAGUGGAGGGCAAAACUCCUGAAGAGGUUUUGGCAUAUGCAGCUAUCUUCUGGGAGAGGUGUGAUGAACUCCAAGAUGCAGAACGUAUUAUGGCUCAGAUUGAUAGAGGAGAGAGCAAGAUUCAGAGGAGGAUCAGUAUAAAAAAGGCUCUUGAUGCAAAGAUGUCCAGAUAUCGUUCACCAUUCCAUCAACUACGAAUCCAAUAUGGCACAAACAAAGGCAAGAAUUAUACAGAAGAAGAGGAUCGCUUCUUGAUUUGCAUGGUCCACAAGCUAGGCCUUGAAAAGGAGAAUGUCUAUGAUGAGCUGCGCAUGGCUUGCAGAAGUGCACCACAGUUCAGGUUUGAUUGGUUUCUCAAGUCGAGAACAGCUCAGGAACUUCAACGUCGUUGCAACACACUUAUCACCUUGAUAGAAAGAGAGAUGAUGGAACUAGAAGAAAAGGAAAAGGCAGAGAAAAAGAAACGUGGACGAUCCGCAACACCUAAGACACCUCAAACAGGGGAAAAAGAAAAGAAGAGAAAAGCAGAUGGAACUCCUGAUGGAAGAGGAAGAAAAAAGAAGAAGUAGAUCAUCAAACGAUGAGAAGUCUAUCAGCUUAACAUCAAUUACCUAAGAAACUAACUUUUUAGUUGUUGUAACAUAUGCCAUCAUGUUAUUCAAGAUCUCUUUACAUUGAAUGCUUUGUUUUCUUGCACGAAUAUGGUAACUGCAUUCAAACAAAUCUAGCAUCAUAUUUGUUCCAUACUUAGAUGGGGAUGUGUGUAAUAGGAUUUGAAGGUAAUACAGUAUGUAUUUCCUUAAGACUUCCCCAAAGAAAUUUCCCCAUUCUCCUUCUGUCGGCAGGUAUGAAAAGUUGGAACUAUACCUGGACUUAAUAAUGUACAUGCAAGCAUUCUGAACAACUUGGAAUAUUGUGACUAACAAUUACAUUUUUAUUUGUUAAUAGUGACUAUUAAAUUCGCUUUUUCUUAUUGCUACUAGUCAGUACGCUUUGUUGUAAUAUUAUUUUGAUGUAAAGAAAGAUCAUUCAUGUUUUGUAAUAUAUCUGAUUAUCUGAAAAAUAAAUUGUUUUCCUAUCUUUU